UUUUCGACCAGCAGUCACUGAGUUUCCGCUUCCUGUCACUUAUUAAUAAAUAUAUCAAUGGAAGCAUCGUGAGGCUGCAGAUGGAGAUCGAUAAGUGAUCAGUGAUUAUUGAUCCUGUCAGACUACAGACGGUCUGUGGCUCUGUCGGCAGGUGGCGCUGUUUGUUGCCAGCGGUCAGUGUGAUGAGGAUGGAGGCAGUAAACAGGGCGAUGUCUCCUCUCCGCGCUGUGACACCCAGCUGCCAUUAAAACAACUGGAACAACAUCUGGAACAACAUCUGGAACAACAUCUGCUGCUGCAACACCGCUGUGACUCAGAGACCAGCUUUGGCAGAAACAUGGCCGCCCAGCCGACCCCGCCGUCCGUCCUGAGGGAGUUCUGCCCACUCUACUACCUGCUGAACGCCAUCCCAGCCAAGGUGCAGCGUGGGUUCAGGUCCGUCCUGGUCUACCUGACGGCUCUGGACAGCAGCAGUGACUUCCUGGCAGUGGGCAGCAGCAUCGGCAUGCUCUACCUGUACUGUCGCCGCCUUGCACAUAUGAACAAGUACAGUUUGGAGGGAAAGAGUGAUGCGAUCACGGCUGUGAAGCUGCUCAGCUGUUUUGAUGAUCUGGUUGCCGUGGGAACAGCGUCUGGUCGAGUCGCAGUCUUCCAGCUGGUGUCUCCACUUCCUGGUCGAAAUAAACAGCUGAGGCGUUUUGAUGUGGUCGGCCUCCAUAAAGGGUCCGUCACGUCUUUGGCGUGGAGCACCAACGGGAUGAAACUUUUCUCUGGAGACGAUAAGGGACGAGUGGUAUUCUCCUCUCUGGACCUGGACCAGGGUGUGUGUAAACCUGUGCUGCUGUUGGAGGAGUCCUCAGGUGUGGUCCAGAUGGAGUACAGUCACCAGGUGCUGCUGGUCUCAACCCAGCAGAGAUCUCUGCUGUACUGCACUCAGAAACAGGAAGUCCAGCAGCUGGGUACCAAGCCCCGCAAGAGCAGCGGCAGGUUCGGAGCCUGCUUCCUGCCGGGUCUUUGUAAACAGAGCGAUCUUCAGGUGUUUGCUGCUCGACCUGGUCUCAGACUGUGGAGGUCUGACAUCAGAGGACAGGUGGAGGAGACCCGAUUGCUCAAACCACUGUUCAACACACAGAUCCCUCAGUUUGAGUUGUUUCCUCGUCCUGGUCCAAUCGGAGCGUACCGUCCAGCAGAGAGACAGCUUGGUCUGCUCAGCUGUUUCCUCAGAGAGGGCUGGAUCCUAAGCUGGAACGAGUACAGCCUCUACGUCCUGGACUGUAUCAACGAGGUGAUAAUCGGGGCCUUGGAGAGCAGUGGAGACAUUGUGUCAGUGUCGUGUUGUGAUAACGAGAUCUUCAUCCUGAAAGGAGACAGAGACAUCAUCCGUCUCUCCAACAGCCCCGAGGGACUGGCCUCCAACUACAGCAGCAGUGGGACCCGUCUCUCUGGAGGAGCAGGCUGGCUCAGACUCACAUGUUGUAGUCCAGACAGCAGCUGCAGUGACGGUGGAAGUGGAACUCCUCUCGUCCCUCCUGCCCUCCAGGGCUCCCUGGGCUCCUUCAAGGGUCUGGCGGAACCAGCUGAACCAGGGGAAAGGCCUCUUGGGCUCCCGGGUGGCAGAGGCGGAAGGGGUUGUCCCCCCGACCCUGAUUGUCUGGACAGGAACACCCCAGUAUGGUUCCAGGGUGGAUGGAAGAGAGGUGGUUCUCUACUGUCACACUGGCCCUGUGCAGCGGGGGGGAAGUCCUCAACCUGUGCGUCCAAUCAAGACGGAGGAGGCAAUAAGACAGAGCAGUCAGACCAGACACUCAGCGGACUCCCCCCCCUGCCGCCCCCCUCCCUUCCCCCCGGUCCCCCUACCCUGGGAUACACCAAACCUGAGGAAGUUUGGCAUGAGAGCCUGGAUGGGAUCUCAGGACCAGGAUGGUUUGUGUGGUGUCUGGACUUUAAAGGAGGACUGUUCUGCAGCACUCUGCCUGAAACUGGACUCACCUGGCAGCGCUUUGAAGACAAUGUCCACCAGGUGGCGUUAUCACCUUCAGGUAAUCUGCUGUGGAAGGUGGAGCAGAAGAGCAUGACGGCGUUUGCUUGUGCUAAAGUAUCCGUUAAAGGAAAGCGUCACUGGUAUAAAGCUGUGGAGCAAACAGCCUUCGUGGCCCUGAGCGACGACUCCGCCUGGAUCAUCAGGACCAACGGAGACCUCUACCUGCAGACAGGUCUGAGCGUGGACCGCCCCUGUGCUCGCUCUGUGAAGGUGGACUCUCCCUGCGUGUUCAGCCAGGUGUGUGUGAGAGGAGGCGUGGUCUGGGCUCUGAGCGAACACAAGGCUUUAUUCUACAGAGAGGGACUGAACAGCUACUGCAGCGAGGGCGAAGGCUGGAAGUACGACACCGUCAGUUUGCAGUUUCUCAGCUGCUGUCUGUGUUUGGUUCCUGCAGGAACUUUCUGGCAGAAUGUCGUUCCACGAGGAACUGUCUCCGCCACCAGGUGGACCUUCAUCACUUCUUCAGCAGUGCCUCACAGAGAAGGGACGUUCCUGUGGUUGGCUCAGAGCAGGAAGGAUCUGUUCUGUGUUUGGGACCAGGAUGGAGAGCUCCGCCCCUCCUCUGUCCCCCUACCACCUGAGGUGGAGCUGACUCACCUGUCUGCCUGUCGUGAUGCCCUGUGGGGUUUGGACACUCAUAGCCGAGUCAGUAUUCGUACGCUGUCUCCGUCCUGUCCCGCCGGACUCCACUGGACCCCCCUGGACCUCAGUCAGCUUGGUACGUACUUGAGUCAUACACUACCUUACAUUAAUAUAGCUGAUUUUAACCAAAGAGACAUACAGGCUGAACAGGCAACUAAAACCUGCAGGCUGUGUGACGAAGAUGAUAAUGAUGAAGUUGUGGUACUUAGCAGCAAAGAUGCAUGUAUUACCAGCACUGUAAAUCCCUGGCGCCUGGAGUCCCGUGGAGGCGAUGGAGGUGGUGGAGUAGGUCAGUCACUCUCCCUCUCUCUCCCUCUCUCUCCCUCUCCAGUGACUUCAGAGGACGAGUUGUGGGCGGUGACUCCGAUUGGUGGAUUGUCCCGUCGUCUGACAAAGCUCCUCCCACAGGCUCCCUGUAGGCCCGCCCCCUCAGGCCCCUCCCUCAGCGGGGACGACGUCGACGACGAAUGGGAGCUCAUCUGAGCCGUGACAUCACUGUGAUGUCACCACUGUUUGGUGUUGGUCUGUCUGAUCUGGAUUCACCUGGUGGGACUUUAUGAUGUCACAGUGACAUCACUUCCUGUGACACUAACAUUUAGAGGACGGUUCUGAAAGAAGAUGGCUGCCACACGGGAAUCCAAGUGGCUGCUGGGAAAUGUAGUAAAAUGAGACUUUUUUGUUUUAAUAGAAAGCACUUUAUUCUCUGAAGGGACUGGACCAGACUGGUUCUAACUGGUUCUAACUGGUUCUGGUUAGUUUAGCGAAUUCUCCUUCAGUCUAGUUUGGAGCGGCUCAAAAUGGUUCUUACUGACUUUCUCAAACUUAGUGGUUCUAACUGCUUCUCAACCUGGACGGACUUUUAGUUCCAGUUCAGUUGAGUCUGGUUCUGUGUGAGGACAUUAAAGGGAAUAUGUUUAUUUCUUUAUUCUGGUUUCAACCAGUUCUAACUGGUUCUCUAACAACGGCCAGUGUUAGCUUCAAGCUACUGAUUAAAGGGACAUUGAACUGAC